AUGUCUUCCUUCUACAUCGGGAAGACAAUUCUAUUUCAUCAAUCGGUAGCAACGACUGCGAGGCAUUUUACCUUCAGCGUGUUCCAAGUGACGUUGAGUGCACUUGGCGUGAAAAUUUUACCUCCAGGGCAACAGCUCCGACUUAGGACCAUCAAAGGCUUCCCAACAGCAUUGCCACACUCGCCACUUCUAAGUAUUUCUCGACGAGAGAGCGAAGAUCGGCCUUCAAAUUUCUUCUCACCUGCACAUCGUCUCAAUUUAUCUAUGGCGAGAGUAAGUCCCGAGUACCGUACUUCUUCUCCUGAGUACCGGCCUCAGGAGAGAGUAAAUUCUGAGUACCCGCCGCGUUCUCCUUCUCCUGGUCAUCAGCCCCAGGAGGGUGUAAGUCCCGAGUAUCGGCCACGCUCUCCUCUCCCUGAAUAUCAGCCUGAAGAAAGAGUCCACCGAGAAGCUACCAUCUAUAGUUCUUAUGAUCGACUAGAAGGAUUACAAAAGACGGAGCCCUACUUUAAGAGAGAGUUUUUCGAAGUAGUUAUGAACACCACAUCAAAAGAUAGCUUUCCAAACGCCGAGGCUUGUAGCAAAAAGCGUUCAAUUGACGAAGAAGAUGGUCCACCACCGGCGAAGCGACAUGCAGGUGGCUCUUAUCAGGAGAAUGAUGUAGCUUCACAACAAAUUCAACUCGGUGGUUCAUCAAUUCCUGGUAUUACAAGAAUGCAGGUUAGCAAAGAUAGCAGAAUAACCCUGCCGGAGAGCGUUGCGAAUGCGACUGUCGAAGAAGAUGUCAAGCCGGACAUUCAUAGUCAUCCAUUUAACGCAUACGACUAUGACCAAGACUACUAUGGCGCGUCGCCACAGCCGAGGGCAUCUGCUAGUUUGGGAGGUGCUCGAAGACAAAGACAGCCAUCCCCGACGCCCAUAUAUGCUAUGAACACUCCAUCCAUUAGGAGAUAUCUCAGCUAUACAGAUGAGGACAAUAACGAAGUUCUGAUGUCUAGAGAGCUCCGUCCCCUUGGUUCUCCUAUUCAUUUUUCUCGUUGGGAAGAGGAGGCUGCUCACAAUGCAAAUGGCGAGCACUCAUUGAGCCCGGCACCUACUCAUGUCAACCGUGCAGAUGCAAAAUCAGUUACUCUUUCAGCAGAAGGAGAAGCCCCAGUAAAUAUUUUUGAAGAGCUGGGCGCCCGUGACAAUACGAUUGGCAAGGUUCAAAAUGACAUUGCAUCACUGAAGAACGAAACUUCAGCACACACAGAUCAAGUUACAGGAUUGAUCAAUAGCGUUGAAAGCCUGAGAGAAUCAGUCAGAGAGCAAAAAGACGAAAUUGCAGCAUUGAAGCGUGAAGUUGCGGGAACCAAGAACGAGGCUACAGGACUGCAGAUGGAAGUUACAGGAUUGAAGGACAAGGUUUUGAGACUCGAGCAUGAAGUCGUCAAGUUGGAGAGAGACGCUUUGAGAAAGGAGGUAGAAGAGUUGCGAAAAAGAGUCUGA